AUGCAGGCGGCCACUAGCUCCCACGGGCGCCCCACUUCAACGCGAGGGGAAGCCGCGUCCCAGCCAUCUGUUUCGCGUUCCGGCUCGUGCUUCCCUUCACAAACAGUCCCCGCGAAGUAUCGACGACAAACGCUAUUCGAGACAACAAUUCUAACUUGUCGCAUCGCCCAGGUCCCAGGGGCAUCCGUUCGCUCGAUUACCGCAACCAUCAUGAUGGAGCCCCCGGGGAAGCGAUUACGCAUCCUCCAAUCUGUCGAAGUGGACGAGACGAAGCCCGAUUACGUCGCAGCGAAGCAGAAACAACAAGAGAAGUUCAAGGGAAGACUCGAGAAACUAUUCGCCAAAUACGGAAGUAUGCACGAAUCAAUGAGCGACGAGAUCGACUUCAAGACGGGCAAGGUGGUGGUAGACAGGGGACACCUGAGGAGGGUUCAGCGGCAGAUGAAGCGGAAGGGACCAGGGUUACUUGACAGUCUUCUGGAGCCUCAGUCGGAGCGAGACGAUACACCAGAUAAUGGGGAGGAGCGAGCUGGAUCAGAGGACGAGUUGGCGCCUACACAGACACGAAAGAGGAAAAGGGACAGCGUGGAAGACGGAGAGGAGGUUGCGCAAAAUCCAGAUCAACAUAACAUGGCCUUGGUCACAUCAUCGUCACAAGCUGCGCCAACAGCAGCGGCGCAAGAGAAUGCGCCCCAGAUACCGAACACACCAAAUCCAACAGCGAAUCUUCUCCAACAGAUUCAGCAGACACCACUUGGUCAACAGGCGCAAGCAGCGUUGAUUGCCAACUUGAAUCAGACCAUUGCGCAGGCUGUGCAACAAGCCGUUGCGCCAUUACUCAGCAUUCUUCAGAUCACGCCAAACGGACAGGCUGCACAAGCUCCGAUCUUUCCUGUGCCAUCUCCUCUACCCGUGACCGACAACGUGAGACCAGCGGCGGAUCCAAAAUGGUACUUUCCACCUAUAUCAGUUGUGAAAGAAGCUUCACGAAUUGAAUAUCAGAGGUCUUCUCCCCCUGUGAUGAAGGAACCGCCAGCACAGACCACGAACCGCAAUGGAGACCGCUCGCCCCUGGUACCCCGGAGAAGAAGCCCAAAGGUCGUUAUCAAGAGGCGCCGUGGUAUCACAAAGACCAAGCAAGACUCUCAUGUACUGGAAGCAAGCGUUGAAAGGCCACAGAGCUCGCACUCGUUGCCAGCAUUGUGCAGAAACGCCAAUUCUUGCCCGGAUGCAGACCCUGUCGUCGAGGACUCGCUCAACUGCAAAGCCAAAGGAGCCGGAUCGGCCCGUGAGAAGUAUCACUUCACUGAAGAAGACGAUGUAUAUAUCAACAAAAGAAGGGAGCUACACAACAUGACGUUCAAGGAGAUUAAAGCCAGCAAAGCAAAGUGGUUGAAUUGGCCUAUCAGUACAUUCUGCAACCGUUGGAGCGCCCAUUUGAAGGAUAAGAAGCUCCAUCUGCGGGACACGCCUAGAACAGGGUCGAUUGCUCAACACGACGCAUCAAUACCUCCCGAACAUGAGGAGCAUUUUUUCUCAAGCAUAGAGAUCCCAGAGACAUCGUCAACGUCACAUCACCUACCCACACCGAGCUCUCUAGAACAAGAGGAUAAUCACAUUGAGAGGGCCAUGAUACCAUCAUCUUCGCAUUUCGAUGACGAUGAAUUGGAACUUCUCUCCCUAGCCGGCGCCAACAUCACCGACAUGCUCCCCACACAUACCUCCCACUACGAAGACGACACCUAUCCUACACCCGAUGAACCCCUCCCCUCAAUUGAAGGCGCCGAGUUUCGCAACGAAGACGAGCUGCAACUCGAAAUGCUCAAGUUCGAAGAAUCCCCCACUCCAGAACCAACCCAACCCAAGGUUCUCCUCAGCACGAUACCAGAGACUCAAGAAUCAGUCGCUUCUGUCUCUUCGCCAACUCAGAAACGCACAGUGAACCAAAAACCUAAGCCCAAGCCGAUGGUCACCUACCGUGCCGCCUCAGAGACUUCAGACGAUCUCGACAUCAUCGGUGCGAACGACGAGCCAGCAACACCGCAUACAUACAUCAAGCGUGAAUCUCUGACUCCGCAAGCGACCAGGGUUCUCUGUAGCUCACCUGCGAUCAAAACACCGAGGCCUAUCCCGCAGUCUUUAGGCAUGACAGCCAAGUCAACAGGGAAACUGGACAGGAGAGCGUAUCUUAAAGAGGUUAAGCAGUCGUGGGCUAGAGGAAAGGGGAAAACGCCUGGCUCGCAGAAUUGGAGGAGGAGCCUCAAUGUAUUACCAAUGGUGCGGAAAAAGGUGCGGGUAGACGUCGAGGUGGGUGAUAGCGAGGAUGAACUGGCUGCAUGCUAUGAUAUCAAUGCCCCGAGGGUUCGAGAAGGAUACAAUGUUCCUGUGUACGUGCAAUAG